AUGGCGGGUGGUGGAUUUGUUGAUCCAGAGGCUUCAAAGAGGGCUCACCUCUAUGAGUAUAGAAUCACAAAGGCUUUUGUCUUCGCUUGCUGCGUUGCUGCACUUGGUGGUUCUCUUUUCGGAUAUGAUCUUGGUGUUACUGGUGGUGUGACUUCCAUGGAUGACUUCUUGAUUCUUUUCUUCCCGACAAUAUAUGCAAGGGAGCAACAAAAUCUCAAUGAGACAGAUUAUUGCAAAUAUGACAACCAGCUCCUCACGCUCUUCACUUCUUCUCUCUACUUUGCUGGCCUCGUCUCCACAUUUGGGGCCUCAUAUUUGACCAGAACAAAGGGUAGAAGAGCCAGCAUUCUCUUUGGUUCUGCCAGUUUCUUCCUUGGCGGGCUCUUGAAUGCUUGUGCUGUCAACCUAGCAAUGCUCAUUAUAGGCCGCAUCCUUCUUGGUUUAGGCAUUGGAUUUGGGAAUCAAGCUGUCCCUCUCUAUCUUUCAGAGACUGCUCCUCCCAAGAUCAGGGGUAUGAUUAACCAACUCUUCCAACUAACUACCUGCCUCGGCAUUCUGGUUGCCAAUGUCAUCAACUACUUCACUGACAAAAUCCAUCCAUGGGGUUGGAGAUUGUCUCUUGGUCUAGCCAUGGUCCCUGCUUCUCUAAUGUUUAUUGGUGGCCUUUACCUUCCUGAGACUCCCAACAGCCUUGUUGAACAAGGAAGAUUAGAUGAAGCAAGAAAGAACUUGGAAAGAAUUAGAGGCACCACCAAUGUAGAUGCAGAGUUCCAUGAUCUACAAGUAGCAAGUGAUGCAGCGCGUGCUAUUAAGCAUCCCUUCAGGAACCUUUUGGCAAGAAAGAAUCGUCCGCAGUUUGUGAUAGGAGCUUUGGGCAUCCCUGCAUUCCAGCAACUCACUGGCGUGAACUCUAUAGUAUUCUAUGCUCCAGUCAUCUUUCAGAGCUUGGGUUUUGGCUCAAACACUUCUCUUUACUCAUCCAUUAUAACAAGUAGUAUGCUUGUCGUUGCUACUUUCGUUUCAAUGUAUGUUGUUGAUAGGAAAGGUAGGAGGUUCCUCUUCUUGGAAGCUGGUUGCCAAAUGAUCAUCUCCAUGUUGGUGGUGGCCAUUAUUCUUGGCCUCGAGUUUGGACAUGGAGUGGCAAUACCUAAAUCAUAUGCUGCCAUCCUAGUUGUCAUGAUAUGCGCUUUUCUCCUUGCUUAUGGUUGGUCAUGGGGUCCUCUAGGAUGGUUAGUACCAAGUGAGCUCUUCCCUCUGGAAACAAGAUCAGCUGGUCAGAGCAUAGUUGUCUGCAAUAACCUCUUUUUUACAGCUCUGGUUGCACAGUGUUUCUUAGCGUCUCUCUGUCACCUCCGAUAUGGAAUCUUCUUGCUGUUCGCAGCUUUGAUUAUGAUCAUGAGCUGCUUCGUUUACUUCCUCUUGCCAGAAACAAAGCAAGUCCCCAUAGAGGAGAUUGUCUUCCUAUGGCAGAACCAUUGGCUCUGGAAGAAAUAUGUUGAACCAUCAGAUGGGAAGGUGGUACGAGCGGACUAAAUUAAAUCUCCAUUGAUCUAAGAGAUUUUC